UAAAACUUCCUAAACGUUAUGGAAGUGGCUGUCGUUUCAAAAGAAAUCAUAAAGCCAUCAUCAUCAACUGUUCAUCAUCUAGAACCCUACAAGCUCUCAUUCUUCAGUCAGCUCACUCCUACAACUUAUUCUCCACUUAUCUUUUUCUACCCCGCCGUUGAUGCCAACCCCAAGAAUAUAACCCUGAAAAUAAUGAAACUUAAGCGAUCUUUGUCAGAGGUUCUCAAUCUCUACUAUCCUUACUCUGGAAGGUUAGUUGAUAACCACUAUAUUGAUCGUUUUAAUGAAGGUGUUCCUUUCUUUGUAGCCCAUGUAAAUGGAAGACUAUCUGAUUUUCUCAAAAACCCAGAAAUCGAAUUCUUGAACCGGUUCCUUCCAUGUCAGCCUUUCACCAAGGAGGACAUGGGUGUACCACAGGUAGCUUUUCAAGUGAACGUUUUUUCUUGUGGUGGAAUAGCCAUAAGCUCGGCUUUAUCUCACAAGCUCACUGACGCACCAAGUGGUUGUGCUUUGAUCCAUUCAUGGGCUGCUAUCUCCCGUGGAACUCUCAGCGAGGUUGUAAAGCCUAAUUGCACUGAAUCAUCGAUUUUCUUCCCACCAAAAAACCCAUUUCCAGAAGAGCAUUUGUCGCUAAUGGAGAGAUUAUGGUUCACUGAAGCUAACUAUAUUACUAGGAGAUUUGUGUUUAAUGCUAAAGCAAUAGCUUCUCUUAGAGUUAAAGCCAAAGGAGAAAGAGAGUUCAAACCAACACGAGUUGAAGCACUGUCUUGCUUCAUUUGGAAGUGUUGCAUGGCAAUAUCACUGGCAAUUUCUGGAUCGCCAAAACCUUCCAUUUUAGUGGAAGCAGUGAACCUUCGAACAAGAACAAAGCCAACCAUGUCUAAUGUUUCACUUGGAGAUGUAUUUUGGUGGGCAACAGCACUUGCUGAUACAUCUCAGCAAAACAGAGAAUUACAUGAAUUGGCUAGCUUGCUUGACGAGGCCAUUGCUCAAUAUAACAGUGAUUACAUGCAAAGCCUACAAGGUGAUGGUGGAUUUGAAACGAUGUCGGAGUACUGCGACCAACUACAAGGAUUAUUUGCAUCGGAAAAUCCAGAUAUAUUUGCAUUCACAAGCUGGUGUCACCUUGGAGUGAGAAGGGUUAAUUUUGGGUGGGGAAAUCCUGUGUGGGUUGGUAUUUUAGGCAAAGCUGGUCCUGCGUUUAGAAACCUCACUGUGUUUGCUGAGGCAAUAGAUGGUAAAGGGAUUGAAGCAUGGAUCACAUUAGAUGAAGAAAGAAUGGCUCUGCUUGAACGCGAUCCUGAGUUUUUAACAUAUGCUUCCACCGUCCAAAAGAUCUCAAGCUUGUGAGUGCUGGAGCCUAUGCUAUUAGGUAUUCAUCAUCAAAAUCCACGAGGCC